UGGAUUUAUGCCAGGGUUUUUAGGCUUGUAAGACUUUAGUACAAGUGGCAAAAGCCAGUCUUAAAAAAAAAAAUCAGCUGAGACGAAAUGCCCUAUACACCGUCUGGCUUUUUCUGUGACCGGUUGAUCCGGGAACGAGAGAGGAGAGACGGGGAAGGGUCGCUCAACAAGCCCCUUCGUUUCAGCGGCCAGGACUUCAACACCCUGAAACACGAGUGCCUUCAGAAGAAGUGCCUGUUCGAGGAUGACACUUUCCAGGCCACCGUGGAGUCCUUGGGCUACAAGGAGCUUGGGCACAAGUCCAACAAGGUCAAGAACAUCGUCUGGAAGAGGCCCAAGGAAAUCUGUGAGAACCCUCAGUUCAUUGUGGGAGGAGCCAGUAGGACAGACAUCUGCCAGGGAGAUCUUGGCGACUGCUGGCUGCUGGCUGCCAUCGCCUGUCUGACUCUGAAUGAGAAGCUUCUCUACAGAGUUGUUCCUCAGGACCAGAGCUUCUCAGAGGGCUACGCCGGCAUCUUCCACUUCCAGUUCUGGCGUUAUGGCGACUGGGUCGACGUGGUCAUCGACGACCGCAUCCCCACCUUCAACAACCAGCUGGUCUUCACCAAGUCGGCCGAGAGGAACGAGUUCUGGAGCGCGCUGCUGGAGAAGGCCUACGCCAAGCUGCACGGCUCCUACGAGGCCCUGAAGGGUGGAAACACCACCGAGGCCAUGGAGGAUUUCACCGGAGGAGUGACUGAGUUCUAUGAGAUGAAGGAGGCCCCCAAGGAGCUCUACAAGAUCAUGAAGAAAGCUCUGGAGAGAGGCUCCCUCAUGGGCUGCUCCAUCGAUUCCCUGGUUCCAGCUCGCUUUGAGACUCGCACUGUGACAGGACUGGUGAAGGGCCACGCCUACUCUGUGACCGCGGUGGAGGAGUGUAAACAGUCCCAGCACAAAGAUUCUAAGGUGCGUCUGGUGCGUCUCAGGAACCCGUGGGGCCAAGUGGAGUGGAACGGGCCCUGGAGUGACAACUCUAAGGAGUGGGCCUCCCUGUCCAAGGGUGAAAAAGAGAAGCUGCAGCAUCAGAACGCCGAGGAUGGAGAGUUCUGGAUGUCGUUCGAGGACUUCAAGAAGAACUACACCAAGAUCGAGAUCUGCAACCUAACCCCGGACGCCCUGGAGGACGACAAGAUCCACAAGUGGACGGUUUCUGUGAACGAGGGCCGCUGGGUGAGAGGCUGCUCCGCCGGAGGCUGCAGGAACUACCCAGACACGUUCUGGACCAACCCUCAGUACCGCCUCCGUCUGCUGGAGGAGGACGACGACCCCGAGGACAACGAGGUGGCCUGCACGUUUGUGGUGGCACUGAUGCAGAAGAACAGGAGGAAAGAGCGCAAGAUGGGAGCCAACCUCUUCACCAUUGGAUUUGCCAUUUACGAGGUGCCAAAAGAGAUGCAUGGCAACAAGCAGCACAUGCAGAAGGACUUCUUCCUCUUCAACUCCUCCAAGGCUCGCUGCAAGUCCUACAUCAACCUGCGGGAGGUCACCCAGCGUUUCCGCCUGAGUCCCGGGGAGUACGUCAUCGUCCCCUCCACGUACGAGCCACAUCAGGAGGGCGAGUUCAUCCUGCGCGUCUUCUCCGAAAAAAGGAACACCUCAGAGGAGAUAGAGAACAGGAUCGAGGCCGAUCAUCCAGUGGUGAGUUUUUCUCCUCUCUGCACCCGAAAAGUGUGGGUGCAAAAAGAAGUUGAUCUCCACUUUUUUUUUUUCCUCUUUCCAUGUCUGUGUCCUCUUUUUCGUCCUCUCCCUCGGCUUUGCGGUCUCACGCUGUCUCAGCCGGCUCCAGCCUCGGCGGGGGAAGAGAGCGAGGAGGACCAGCAGUUCCGGACCAUCUUUCAGGAGAUAGCCGGGGAUGAAAUGGAAAUCACAGCCAACGAACUGAAGAAUGUUCUCAACAGAGUGGUCUCCAAACAUAAGGACCUGAACACAGAGGGCUUCAGCCUGGAGAGUUGCAGGAGCAUGAUUGCUCUGAUGGACAUGGACGGGACAGGCAGACUCAAUCUGCAGGAGUUCAGACAUCUGUGGAACAAGAUCAAACAGUGGCAGGGAAUCUUUAAGCACUAUGAUUCAGACCAGACUGGUAGCAUCAACAGCUAUGAGAUGAGGAAUGCCGUGAACGAUGCAGGCUUCCGUCUCAACAACCAGCUGUACGACAUCAUCACCAUGCGCUACGCAAACGAGAACAUGAACAUCGACUUCGACAGCUUCAUCAGCUGUCUGGUUCGGCUCGAAGCCAUGUUCAGGGCGUUCCAGGCCUUUGAUCAGGAUGGAGAUGGUACCAUCAGACUCAGUGUCCUGGAGUGGCUCCAGUUGACCAUGUAUGCCUAGAGAAUGCCCAUCUUCUCCCAGGUGAGCUCCACUCCAUUCGAGGACCAGAACUGCCAGCCUUUACCUCAUUACUCACUGUGCCCGACCACCGUUAGCUCUCAUCCACCUCACCUCCACCCCCCCCGACCCCCCACCCUGACCCCCAACAGCAGCUCUGCUCUUUCCACUGCAAAAUGUUCCCCGAUCAACAAGCACUCCUCCCCCAAUUCAUCCCACCCCUCCUCAGUCCCCGUACAUUUUCCUUUCCUGCCCUUUGUCUUCCCAGUAUCGCUGAAAUAUCAGUCUCCUUUGAGUCAUCAGCCUUGUUUUGAUUUUUUUUUUUUUUUUAACAAAACACAUCCUUCCCAUAUCACACAUGUACCGUUAUUUUCUCAGGCAUCACACACACACAACCUCUCUUUCUCUGUCACGAUACCUCACAGAGCCCCUCCUAGUCACCCUUUUCUGUACAGUAGUAUUCACUGUCCCUCUCUCUGACUAAUCAUCUGCCUGGUGCUCUAGUUGUAAUCUGCUCCUUCAGCUGCUCCUUAUUAUCUUUUUUUCUUUUUUUUUUUCAUCUCUGAUAUGCAUCGCACUGAGUUGUAAGUGCCCUCUUUCAGUGAACAGGCUAACUGAUGGACAACCGGUGAAUUGUGGGAAAGGAUAACUGUAGCUGUUGACACACUCCUCCAACCCUUGUUACAUUUGUGCCAACAAUAAAACCAAACCCAAAGUGGUACGAGCCCCCUUCGUAUCCCAUUCCAUUGAAUAAGCGCUCUCUGGUGGACAACGGAUGAACUUUGUAAAAAUUGUGGGAAAGGAUCACAGUGUUAACACUCAGGUCUUCCAACCAGUGGGAACCCCCCUCCCUUCCCCCCUCUGACCUCCCCCCUCCCCAGCAGCUAACUCUUUCCAAACUGUACAGUCUGACAGUGUUUCAGCUCUGCAUGUGGAUGGAUGAGAUCCGCGACGUGCCAAGAACAGAGACUCUCCGCUGCAAGACCAAAACUGUGGAGCAGACGACUUUUAGGUUCUUAACAUGGAGUUGUGAA